AUGGCAGCUCCGCGACCUCCUCUCCAACCGCAUACCUCGUCCCAGGACCACACCCCCCCAGGCGCUCCUCCGACAGGCCACAACAUCUCUCAGACACAGACGAAAUACAAAAUGGACAGCCCGGAGCCGCACCGACCUGCGACCCCAGAAAAGAAUGGCAGGUCCUCCUUCUCUUCCAUCCGCGAGAACGACUCCGACCUAGCCCAGACCUUUACCUCUUCCAAGGUCUCAUCCUACGCCCAGAAAGUAACCUCAGCCGUGUUCGACGACUCUUCCGCCUCGCCCUCUCCGGUCGCCUCCCCUUCCCUCGAGAUGGGCGAAGUCCAGUUCAUGCCCCCCGUCACCCUGCCCAGCAGCAGACUCCAUGGCGGCUGGUAUCCUGCCUCAAGCUUCAAGGGCUGGAAGCAGAUCAACGUCAAGGGCAAGACGGCGAGCAGGAGCUUCAGCGAUCUCCAAGCUCUGCACAUGGCAUGGAGCACCCCGCCGGCGCCUUCCCAAGGCAACAACAAGUUCAGCAACGGCCGCGCGCCCAUGGAACGACUGCCCCUCGAGAUGCUCGGAUCCAUUAUCGAGCUCCUCGUUCUCGAUAUUCCCCCGCCGUACGGUACUGCGCGCCGCAAUGUCGACCUGAUGUCUCUGCUGUUGACUUCAAGGUCGAUCCACGCUGCGACCCUGAACACGCUGUACAAGCACAUUACCAUUCCUCACUCGAGAAUCUUCCGCAAGUUUCUCUCAAACAUCACGACCCACCCUGCACUAGGCACAAUUGUACGGCGCAUCGACUUCAGCCACUUCAACAACGCGACGCUGUUCGAGUCUGCCAGCGAGCGCAAGGGCACCCGGAACCUGACGGCGGAGACGCUGGUGCAAUGCCUCGAGCUGACGCCCCACCUCCAGGAGUUCCUGGCCAUGGAGCAUAUCGAUGACGAUCUCGGUGCCGAGGUGCUGCAGAAGCUCUUCUUCGACAUGCCCCGGCUACAGGCGCUGGACUUUGCGGGGUGCACGUCGCCCGCUUUCAAGAACUCAUUUGCAUCCCUGGUCGAUAUGGCUUGGCCCCAGACGCUCUCGAUCACGCGGCUGUCGUUCCACAAGUGCCUGACGCUGCCGUCGGCGCUGUUCGAGGAGGUCCUGCCGCGCCUAGCCAACGUCACGCAUCUGGACCUUGCCCAGACAAAGAUCACGGACCGAGCGCUGCAGUCGAUUCCGAAGACGGCCAAGAUCACCCACUUGAACAUUGCCAAGUGUACGCUGCUCACGGCGUCCAAUGUCAUCGACUUCCUCGCGACCCACCCGGCGGUGAGGAAUUUGGUAUACCUCAGCGUGGCCACCGAUGCCCGGAGCCACCAGCUCCUGGACGUGGAGGACGUCUCGCAGCUCAUCCCGGUGCUGCCCAAGACGCUUAAGUCCCUGAGCCUUAAGGGGAGCCGCAUGGACGAUGCGCACAUUGAGCUGCUGCGGCCACUGACUAAGUCCCUCGAGGAGCUCGCCGUCGGGCGCAACAUGGAUGUCAAUGCCGCGGCCAAGCUGCUCGAGCCGGCGGACGAAAAGAAGCAGGAAGAGCCCCACACGCUGCGAUACCUCGACCUGUCGGACCUCUGGGGCAAUGAGCUGGACAUUGUCGACCUUUUUUCGAGCCGAAACUCGCUGUUAAGACCGAGCUCGGUGCCGCUCGAGGUGGUGGAGAUCUCGGAGCAGUCGUUCAAGAGUCUGUCUCGGAACAGGACGCUGGAGCGCAUCGGCUGGUCCCUGCAGGAGAUCGGAAGCCGAUGCUGGAUGGUCCGACUGCAGGACCAUCGCAAGGACCAGGACCGCGGCUACCGAUGGUGGAAGAUGGGCGCCGACAACUGGGGCAUGCGCAAGAUCCCUGUCGCGCGCGCCGAGGUCGGCGGCAUGUACGGGUCCUUUAUGUUUGGACGCAAGCUAUGA